AUGGCGAAAUAUAUAUCGAACAGACGCAGAUAUGAGCACAAGCUACCGCUAGAACUAAUCCAGCUACCUCCUUUAAUACCUCAUAACCCAGUUUCAUGGCUACACUGGAUAUUUAAGUAUGUGACCGCUGUAAAUUAUAUGCGUCAAACUAUACCAGUAGAAAUUGAUGCUAGUGGUAAAAUAAUCAUAUCGGAUCAUGAUCAUAUGAGAUAUUUAUGGGAAAGAGGGUUUUUUGGUACUGGUCAACUCUCUAGAAGUGAGCCCACAUGGUAUGAACGUACUGCAAGUAGGUUACAGUUGGAUGGUUCUAAGCAAGACGGGGUACAGUUGGAACAGGUUACGCGCCUAAGACGAAAACAGCGAUUAGAAUUUAAGAAAGAAAGAGCUAAAUUCGAAGAGAAGAAGUUGCAUUUGAGAAUGAACGGUGUUUUGGAAAGUGAAAUCCUGGGUGAAGAACAAGCAUUUUUGAAAAGUUUACGAGAUCAAGAAUUACAAUACGGUUCAGUAAAUGAAAGCGGCAGCGGUGGCGGCAGCAGCUUCGAGGGCAUCCGCAUGGAAGACUCUGAUAUAUUAACCGAGGAUGGAACUGGUAUAAUUAAGUUGGAGAAGCUUGAGUUAAUGCCCGUUGAAGCAAUGUUCUUAACGUUUGCUCUUCCCGUGUUAGACAUCAGCAUGAAGGAUUUAUUACAUUCAAUCUUUGUGGAAACACCGUCAUUUGAACAGAUCGAAGCUCUGUGCAUGAAAUAUGCUGCGUACCACCAUUAUAGAUCUCAUGGUUGGUGUGUAAGGUCAGGAGUUAAAUUUGGAUGUGAUUACAUGUUAUACAGACAAGGCCCACCUUUCCAUCACGCUGAAUUCAGUGUCAUGGUGCUGCAUCAUAACCAAGCUCAACAUGAUUAUACAUGGUACUCUACUGUAGCAAGAGUUGUUGGUGGCGCCAAAAAAUGUCUAGUCUUGUGUUAUAUCUCUAAGAAGGCGGCAGAUGACAUAUUGAUGGAACUCUGGAGUCGUGGGAGUUAUGCACAGGCAUUUGCUCUCUUUGAAGUUAACGAAUUGGUUUAUAGAAGAUGGGUUCCAGGUAAGAAUAGAGAUUAG